AUGGUCGUCAAAAAAGAGUCAAUAUUUUUCUAUGAAUUUUGUUUUUUAUUAAGAAAAGAGAUAUUUAAAAAAGUUAAAUAUAUCAAUAGAGAUAUAUUGAAAUAUAAUAGCUAUAAAUGGAAUGUUAUUAAAAAUAAACCAAGCUAUUUAGCUGCAUAUAAUUAUUUUCAUUUACUCAAAAAAUACUUUAAAGAGAUAGCUUCAAAGAAGAACAAGUGGUAUGAACAUCUGUUUGGAAGUGGCACAUUAAAUGGUCAUGUCUGUAGAGUUAUGUUGGUAUCAAUAAAGUAUGGUCAUUUAGAAACAUUGAAAUACUUUAUAAAGAAAUACUCUAUCAAAGUUGAAGAAUACAUGAGACAAUUCAUGGUGAUGGCAGUUCGCAAUGGAAGGUUGGAAAUCGUUAAAUACUUAGAUUCACUGGGUCUUGGUAUCAAUAAAUAUACAUACCGUUCAAUGAUUGGGCUGGCACCACUUGGUUUAAACUUUGAGCUAUUGGUAUGGAUUGCAGAGAACAAGCUAGCGGAUAUCAUUCAUUUGAUAGUCGAGUGUAUCAAGAUAGCAAUGAGAAGUGCAGCUGAAGUUGGUAGACUCGACAUGUUACAAUAUCUGAUGAAUAAAACACUGAUUCCUCUCGCCAAUGAAGCUGACCAUUGUAUUCUACAGAGUGCAGUACAAGGUGGAAAUGUCGAAAUGGUAGAAUGGUUAUUACAAGGAUCAUUGUCAUUCAAUCCAAUGGUGAACUAUAUUGAUACUGCUGCACUGAGCGGUCAUCUGGCGAUGGUCAAAUAUCUACACCAUCAUAACUACGGAGUAUCCAGUAGAUAUUUACUUUAUAAAUCGGUACAGUCAGGAAAUCUAGAGCUUGUUCAAUGGGUCUAUGAAAAUCUAUCGACCAAUGUCACCUCAAAGUUCGCGCUGAACGUUGCAGCCGAACAAGGAUUCUUACAUGUUUUGCAGUGGAUAAACGAACAUAGGAAUGAAGGAAGCUCAACUACUGCCAUCGAUAAAGCAUCGUGGGUUAGCUUAUCGGUUGUACAAUGGCUUCACGAGAAUCGAACAGAAGGUUGUACAUCGAAUGCAAUAGAGUAUGCGUUGAAAGCAGGUCAUCUAGAUAUUGCAGAGUAUUUGUUCACCAAUAUACCAGAUAAAAGUAAUCAAAAGCUAUUUACAAUUAGUACACUUAUCACGUCGAUUGAAGAAAACAUCGAAAACAAUGAAAUCUUGAUAUUUCUACUCGAACACCGUCAUCAACUCUUUAAAACUGAAAUCAGCUAUGAUGACCUUAUUAAAUGUUCAAAAUCAUUUAAAAAUUCGAAAAUUACAAUCAAAUCAUUCAAGGAUAAGAUAAAAUAA